GCGCAUGCUCCGUAGCAGAAGUUCGCUGUGUCCUCGUUUGUAAACAUCGCAGCUCUGUUGGUGGGUCGUGGGCUCAAACCUGCGGCUUUCCUAACCAACAAUGUCGGUGAAACACGCGCUUAGCCGCGGCCUGGAGCUGGGCCGGUCCUUCUUGCAGAUGGGGCUGCUUAAAUCUGGCGGACGUGUCGCAGCGAAGCUCCGAGCUGACCGCUUCCGCGGGACUGCAGGCCCCUCGGUGCGCUGCGCUCAGCCUCAGGCUUUCCUGCCGCAUCGGUACCGCUAUUAUCGCACCUCUCUGCGGGGCCUGGCCGCACAGCUCCAGGCCGCCGGCUUCAGGAGGUUCGGCGGGGGGUCUGCCCGAAACAGAGCCGUGUUCCUCGCGUUUGGACUCGGCGUGGGGCUGAUCGAACAACAGCUGGAGGAGGACAGGAAGAGUGCAGCCACCUGUCAGGAGAUCCAGGCUGUAUUCCGAAAGAAACGAUUUGAGCCUCCAUUAAAACCUCUGAACCUCUCUGGGUACAAACUGGAUGAUUACCUCAUUGGAAAUCAGAUCGGAAAAGGCUCAAAUGCUGCGGUGUAUGAGGCGGCUGCACGCUUCGCCCCUCUCAAUCCGACUAACCCCACAAAGACCCCUCUGGUGGAGCUGAAAGAAGAGGAGGAAAAACAUGGCCACCGCUCCAUAACCUGCUGCUCUCUGAGAAACUUUCCUUUGGCCAUUAAAAUGAUGUGGAACUUUGGGGCCGGUUCGUCAAGUGAAGCUAUUUUGAAGUCCAUGUCUCAGGAGCUGGUGCCUGCUGUGCCGAUGGCUGUGAAGCAGGAGAUAGAGCACUUAAGCCUAGAAGGACAAUUUGGAGUGGUACCCAGAAGAGUGACAGCGCACCCUAAUGUGAUCCGGGUGUACCGCGCCUUCACUGCAGAUGUGCCUCUGCUGCCUGGAGCUCAGGAGGAGUAUCCUGCUGUUCUGCCCACCAGGCUCAACCCACACGGCCUCGGCAACAACCGCACGCUCUUUCUUGUCAUGAAGAAUUACCCGUUCACCCUGAGGCAGUACUUGGAGGUGUGUACUCCCAGCCGCAGACACAGCUCUCUGAUGCUUCUCCAGCUGCUCGAGGGAGUGGACCAUCUGUGCAGACAGGGAGUGGCUCACCGCGACCUCAAGACUGACAAUGUCCUGCUCGAGUUUGACUCUGAUGGUUGUCCAAGAUUGGUGAUCUCUGACUUUGGAUGCUGUCUGACCCAGAGAGACACAAGUCUAGAGCUGCCCUUCAACAGUAUGUGGGUGAACAGAGGAGGGAACGCAUCACUUAUGGCACCAGAGGUGGCUACAGCUGUGCCUGGUCCUGAUGCAGUGAUAGACUACAGUAAGGCCGAUGCUUGGGCAGUGGGAGCUAUCGCGUAUGAGAUUUGUGGUCAGCCUAACCCCUUCUACAGAGCCGUGGGUCUGGAGAGCCGUAAAUACCACGAAUACGAUCUUCCCCCACUGCCCCCUACUGCCCCAGCCGAGGUGGAGCUAGUGACACGACUGUUGCUCAGAAGAAACCCACACAAGCGUCCCAGUGCCCGUGUGGCCGCGAACAUGCUGCACCUGAGCCUGUGGGGGAGGAGGGCUCUGUCCGUCCAGGGCAGUGAGGCCAUGAAGAGGCUGGUGGACUGGCUCCUGUGUCAGUCUGCUGUAGUUCUCCUCCGGUCCUGCAGGGGGCCUGGAGGCAGCACUGUGGAGGCAGAGCUGCAGAGGAGCUUCCUGUCUAACCUGGAGCUGGAGGAGCUGCGUACGGCGGUGGGGUUCCUCCUCUACGGACAAAACAACGAGGACCUGUGCAUCAUGUCGGCUUAAGUUCACUGUAUCACUGCAAAGAAGAGUGUGUAUUUACAUGAGGAAUUCAUAAUGUUAAUCCCGAUUUGAGAAGGUUCUGACUUAAUACAUACAACAAAUAAUGUGUUCUUUUGUUAGGUCUGUAUUAUUUGAUUAGUUCCAAGGUAUGUUUGACUAUAUUUUCUUGGAAUUAGGAAUAUUAUCUGCAAGUGAAGUAGGGUUUUUCCUUUUUUUAAAGCUACUAUCUGCAAGUUUAUUAGAUUAUUUUUUUCUACCAGCAGAUGGCAGAUGUGAAACCUGUCCCCCUCACCUGGCCUUUGUUCAGACUCACCUGUUCUCUCAGGUGUUCUUCUGUCAGGCCAAAACAUGCCCACUGUUAUCAGACUGCAGUAAAGUAGACAGCAUUUUGUGUCGCUAUGUGAGAAAACAACAAGGGCAGGUUGGAACGGUCAAAUUACAGAUGGAAGCUUUAAGUGCAACUUCUUAUUUCACUGGCAAAUCAUUUAGUAACUUUUUUGGUGGGGGGUCCUUUACAUCCUCAUCUCCAUGUUGAUGCCAUUUAGUCACUUUGUCUGGAAUGUUCCACAGUAUGGCAUUAACUAAACUAAUUAUCUUACAUUUACACAAUUACCAGUGUUUUUUAUUGCUAAGAAAUGUCUCGGUGAAAAUGGAUAAGCUUAAUCCCAUAUGAUGGAACAUAGAUAUAGCAGUUAUCAACAUUCAAAUAUACCAGAAAAGUUCCAUAGUGCGCCUUUUAUGUAAGACAAGAAAAUGGUCAAAAAACCUUAGAACAAGUGAAAUAAUCUGGUCGUCAUAAGUAAUUCAAUUUAAACUAGGCAAGUGGAGCCUCUUAGACUGCAGAUAAACAUAUAAUCAUAUAGGGAGAUACUUUCACGUGUACAUAUUCACUGUGUGCCCUUGUUGUGAGGCAGUCUUACAUCAUACACUCAUUUAAAUCUGGAUAUUUAAACCACUCCUGUUAGCAGUUCUCAUACACUAGCUCUGUGCAGGUAGUACUAGGAAAAACUGAAAAUGCUAUAAAUGCAUGUCUUUUUGCUCCUGUGAUUUGCACUUUAUCAUGUCAUUUGCACUUUUUGUGGCUGCUUUUAUUGUUUUUGUGCUUUUCACUGGGUUCAAAACAAAAAAAACACAUAAAUAUUUCAUUUUAAAUAAAUGCUUGACCAUAACACAGUAAGCAGGUGUAUGGUGAGCGCUUUGAAUCGGUGGUUUUGUUAACUUUGAUUGAGAAAUAUUUUUGGAGAGAACGAUAUUUAGGUAUGUUUUUAAAUAAAGGCACAUGAAGUA